AUGCUGAGUGUGGAGAUGUACCCCAGUUUGGCCCUCGGGCACCAGAGAAUGGGAGACUGCUACUACAGAGAGAGGGAACCUCCUGCCCACAUGCCCCUCUACCCCUCCUCCUGUGACAUGGCUGCCCGUGCCAUGCCCUCUCACCUGCUGGCCCCGCCCCCCGCCCCCAGCAAGCCAACCUGUAAAGUCCAGCAGGACAGCGUCAAGAUGGAGCUGGAGAACGGUUCACUGUGGAAACAGUUCUGCUCCGUGGGCACAGAGAUGAUCAUCACCAAGAAGGGCAGGCGGAUGUUCCCCCAGCUGAGGGUCAAGCUGUCAGGCCUGAACCCGGGGCUGCGCUACAUUCUGCUGCUGGAUGUGGUGCCCGUGGACACCUCGCGCUACCGCUUCCAGGGUGACACCUGGCAGGUGGUGGGCGGCGCUGAGGCCCGCUUACCCGACCGGGUGUUUAUCCAUCCAGACUCGCCAGCCACGGGUGCCCACUGGCAGAGCAGGAGCAUCUCCUUCCACCGCGCCAAGCUCACCAACAACACGCUGGACACACAGGGAUAUAUCAUCCUCCACUCCCUCCACCGCUACCAGCCACGGGUGCACGUGAUCGAGGCCAGGGAUGUGCUGAGGUGGGGAGGAGGGCAACACUCCUUCAUCUUCCCAGAGACCCAGUUUCUCACCGUCACCGCCUACCAGAACAACAAAAUCACUGAACUGAAGAUCCAAUCCAAUCCCUUCGCUAAGGGCUUUAGAGAGGACGGCAUGAAUAGCAAAAGACAGAGGGACGUGAGGCAAAAGCGGAAGCUAAAUGAACCUCUAGAUAUUGUGAGCUGUGACCCAUGUGACUCCACUGAGCUCCUGUCCCAGUCCUCCUCUUCCUCCCCCUCAGACCUCCAGAGCCUGGCCCUGGCCUCUCUCCCCUCACUUCCCCCUCUCCCUGAGUCUGUGUGUGGGUAUGGCUCCAACGAAACCCACUUCCAGGAGAGCCCUGUUCCAGAGCAGCAGCAGGCUCUAGACCUGGUGGGCCAAACCUUCAUUGCCUCCCAGAUGGCUGACAUCACAGCUAACAUCCCCGCCGAUAUUACCAAUGGGCUGCAAGAUGCAUCGGGCAACAAGGUCACCGAUGGAAUGAUGGACAGGUCCAUCACUAUGAGUCUUUCCCCUUACAAUGAGACAUAUCCAGCCACUCCUCUUGGUUCUUCCUCUUUCGCCCCUGCUCCUCAUCCUCAGUCUUCGUCCUCCUACCGCUCAGAUCCCUCCAUCCCCCAACCCUCCCCCACCUCUAUUAAUUAUCCAUCCAUGGUCACCAGUGACUAUCCCUCUAUUCUCUCCUCUUCUCCAACUCUCCCUUCCUCCACCACAUCUCCCUUGCUUCAGCAAACUAGUUUCACCUACCCCACCUUAUCUCUUUCCACUUCAUCCUUCCCCAAGCCUCUCCUGUCCUCUACCUCCUUUCACUCCAUCCCUCCAUCUGACCCACAGCAAGGUCUGCUCAGUCCUCAUACACCCACAAAUACCUAUUUUCCAUCACUCCCUCCUCCCUGCUGUCAACCCAUCCAGCAGAAUGGGGUGACCACCCAUUCCAUGCUCACUCCCCCGAACCAGGCUCUACAAGCUGUCCCCAUCUCCAACCAGACCCCCCCCCCUCUGUCGGUCUUUAACCCCACAGCGUACCCAUACCCCAACCUACCUCUCUCCAACGUCAACCAAACCACCCCUCCGUCUCUCUUCAACCUCUCAAGUCAGCCAACUUCUCAAUCACACCCCGUUCCCUCUCUCCCUUACUCUCUUUCUUCCCAUUCCACACCUCUAUCUUAUGCCUUUCCCGCUCUCCCUUCAUCCCUCUCUUCUUGCUCUCCUUCAGUUCAAAAUUGGACUCUUCCGAAUGGUUCCUCCGGCUCCGUCCACUCUGCUGUGUCUAUUCCCAACCCAACUCAGAUCCAUGCUCCCUCUCUCGCGCCGUCCUUUCUUCCUUCCUCCUUCACUCACCCCCCAUCCUCCCUUCCUAAUCCAGUUUACCAACCCUCUUCCUGUUCCGCCAUUCCCUCUGCGUCCGUCCCCUCAUUCCAGCCUUCUGCCUCCUCUCAUAUCCCCCCCUUUUCCCUGACCAACCACUCCCUCCCUCCAACGACGUGUCCCCAGAACCAGACCACCACGCCCUCCUCCUACCCCCCGAUAGCGCCCACCGAGAUUGGCUCCUUCUCCCAGUUCAACCCUGGCGCACCCUAUCUGCCAGAAAUGGUACUUCACCACCCCUCACUCCUGCCUCCACUGGAUCCCUCUCUUUCAUCCUGUCUCUCCUCCUCCUCCACACCCCCUGCCCUCUAUCCCCCCUUCUCUUCCUAUCCUCUGCACCUGUGUCAGGACCCCCGCUCGUCCUUCCCCAUACCUCUCAGGCACAUGUACAGGCAGCACCAGCAUGGCCACACCCACCCUCAGGGGUCCUACAUGGAUAUGAGUGGGAGGGCUGUAUUCUGAGGUAAAGGAGAUAGAAGGUAAUGGUCGAGUUCCAGCCCAACUAGAUGUGCAGGCGUUCCAUUGCGUUCCAUUGUGUGCCAAGUCAUCGACUGUGCAGUUGGCCAUCAGAUUGCUAUAUCAUAUGAUGUGGUUAGCUGAUAUGUUAAAUACCUAUCCAGGCAUUGUAAGAUCUGGAAUGUGUCUGCAAUGUUGUCGGGCAGGAACUCAACCGUUGUCAUUGGAAAAUGUAAUGGCCGUGUUCGAGAGCAUCAAAAUCGUGUUGUAUCAUGGGUAAAUUUUGACUGA